CACAUAUUUUCCUCCCCUUCUUCCUUCUAUUCUUACAAACACUACUACACUUUCACUACAGAGAAAAAUUCUUUGUGAAUCUUCGUUUUCUUCUCACAAAUCAUUCCCAUUUUGAUUCUUGUUUUUUUAGACCAAGAUGGAAUAUGGACAUGUUCAGAGGCCAAAAUAUGACUGUCUUCUUUUCGAUUUAGAUGACACUCUUUAUCCCCUUAGUGCUGGUCUAGCGACUAGUGUUCGCCAGAAUAUUGAAGAUUAUAUGGUUGAGAAGCUUGGCAUAGAACAAAGCAAAAUUGCUGAGUUGGGUAAUUUACUGUACAAGAAUUAUGGAACCACAAUGGCAGGCCUCAGGGCAAUUGGCUAUGAUUUUGACUAUGAUGAGUACCAUAGUUUUAUCCAUGGUAGAUUACCUUAUGAAAAUUUGAGGCCCGACCCUGUUUUGAGAAAUCUUUUGCUAAGCGUUCCCAUUCGCAAAGUUAUCUUCACUAAUGCUGAUAAGGUCCAUGCACUGAAAGCUCUGAGUAAUCUUGGAUUGGAAGAUUGUUUCGAAGGGAUAUUAUGCUUUGAGACACUGAAUCCAGUUCACAAGAGCACUCCAUCAGAUGACGAAGAUGACAUUGAGUUUGUUGGUUCAGCCAUAUCCUCUAAUGCCGCUGCUACUAACGGCUCUGAGAUUUUUGACAUUAUUGGACAUUUUUCUCAACCGAAGGCUGGAUCAGUGUUGCCAAAGACACCAAUUGUCUGCAAACCUUCAGAAGUUGCCAUCGAACGGGCUUUAAAGAUAGCCAACAUUAACCCACACAGAACACUUUUCUUUGAAGAUAGUGUCCGUAACGUUCAAGCUGGCAAGCGUGUAGGUCUUGAUACAGUACUGGUUGGAAAUUCCCAAAGAGUUGCAGGUGCAGAUUAUGCAUUGGAAAGUAUCCACAACAUAAGAGAAGCAUUACCACAACUUUGGGAAGUUGACAGGCUGGCUGAAGUUAACUACGCUGGUGUAGCUGUGGAGACAUCUGUCACAGCUUAGAAUCAGUAGUUCUAUAUCAUCAUGCUGCUGCUGUUGGGAGUUAAUGAUGUAGAUGUUUUGUUGUCAUUAUUAUCUACUAAUAUGUAGUCUAUAUUACUUCCUUUCAACUAGUGAUGAUCCAUCACACAAAUCUUGUAAAUAAAUUCUAUAUUUAUCAGUCUACCUUUCAAUGAUUUUUAUAUAAUAAAGUUGAAUUAUUAGUAUUA